ACCUUUGCGACGAUUGAGGUAGGCUGUUGCAAAGGCUUCUUUCUCUUUAGUUAGGUGAAGUCUUGGGCAAGCCGGGGAGAGUUGGUCGUGUGGCGAGUUCGAGGCUCCGUUGAACCGGCUCUCCUCGGAGGCUGAGCUCGUGGAGGAAGCAAGUGGCUCGCCGGAAAGUUGUGGGUCUGCAGGUUGAGGAGCUGUACCAAGAGUUUAUGGAAGCCAGAGAUUAUCCUUGAAAUAGUUUACACCAUUGAAAUCUCUGCUUUUCAGUAGAUCUGGUCUACUUGCACGCAGGAGGGAAAAAUGAACAAAGAUGCACAAAUGAGAGCAACUAUUAAUCAAAAGUUAAUUGAAACAGGAGAACGAGAACGCCUUAAAGAAUUACUGAGAGCCAAAUUAAUUGAAUGUGGUUGGAAAGAUCAGCUAAAGGCACACUGCAAAGAUGUCAUCAAAGAGAAAGGGCUAGAACAUGUUACUGUUGAUGAUUUGGUGGCUGAAAUUACUCCAAAAGGCAGAGCUUUGGUACCUGAUAGUGUAAAGAAAGAACUUCUACAGAGAAUAAGGACAUUUCUGGCUCAACAUGCCAGUCUCUGAGCCGUCCGUUUGAAUCUUUUCGUGCUUUAACACGCUGUGUUCAGUGAAUCACAUGAAAAACUGGACAAACAUUUUUCACGCUUCAGGGUUCAAGUUCACUAUUUUUAAAAAAAUAUUUCGUUUACUUACUCCAAGUUUACUUCGAUAUACUUACUGACUUAAUGUUUUAAUAAAAAAAACAAUGCUAACCA